GAGAGAGGGUAGUUGGUGUUAACAUCCGCAAGCAAUCAAGGAAGCAAACAAGUCAUGGGUGCGGUGUUAUUUUUUUAAUGAUUUAAAAAUGAAAAUAUAAUAAUGAUAUGUUUGGAUUGGUUGGUGCCGUUGUUCCAAUGAAAAGGAAGUAGUUGUGGCUCUUCGUUUCAAGUAUCUCUCUUGGGAUUGCCAUAUGUCUGCCCUUCCUCACACUAAGGUUUUUUGUUUUUGUUUUAAUUUUGUCUCCUCCAUUUCUUGUUUCUCCACAUCUCUUUACUGGUUAGUUUUCCGUUUUUCACUCUUAUUACUCCCUAGCUUAGCUUCCUUGCACUGAGUACCCACCACUUUCUUUCAGUUGAGCAGUUCUCGAAAUCUAUAGAAAUGUAUCCCAACCAAGCAUUCUCUUCAGGAUCCUAUGCUGAGAUGUUGUCUGGGAAUCCUUUAUUGUCUCAUAACUACAACAAUAAUGGAUCCGUUGGAGCACCAAACAUGGUUGAUCCAGCAUGUAAUUCUUUUGUAGGAGGUGAACAAAAUGUACAUGGCCAAGGGUUAUCUCUUAGUCUAGGUACAUCUGUUCCUUCCUUUCAAUACCAGUAUGAUGGAACUACUGCUGCUGCUGAAUGCAUGGUAUCUUUAUCUUCUGGAGGCUUUCAUGAAAGUGCCAAAAGAGAGGGUUUGUACAAUUCCAAUAACUCUGAUCCAUGCAUUCAAGGAUCAUUCUCAAACGGUGUAUUGAACUCACACUAUCUUAAGGCAGCACAGGAGUUACUUGAUGAAAUAGUUGGUGUCCGAAAGGCUUUGUUGAAGCAACCUGGAAUGGAGAAACAAGAAAAGUUCAAUAAUGGCAUUGAUGGUGGCUCCAAGGAUUCUGAUGGAAAAUGUAACAGUCAAUCUCUGCAAAAUAAUGUCAAACCUCCUAAUGAAUUAUCAGCUGAAGAACGCCAGAGUUUAUUGGAAAAGAAGACAAAGCUUCUGACCUUGUUGGAUGAGGUGGAUAAGAAAUACAGACAGUACUGUCAUCAGAUGCAGAUUGUGGUGUCAUCUUUCGACAUGGUUGCCGGAUGUGGAGCUGCUGAACCUUACACAUGGCUUGCAUUGCGCACCAUAUCUCGCCAUUUUCGGAGCUUGCGUGAUGCAAUCAGUGGACAAAUUCAAGUGAUACAGAGGUGCCUUGGGGAACAAGAAGGGAUUCCACGUCUUCGUUAUGUUGAUCAACAGCUUAGACAGCAAAAGGCACUUCAGCAACUUGGUGUAAUGAGACAAGCUUGGAGGCCUCAGAGGGGUCUCCCCGAAACCUCUGUCUCAAUACUUCGCGCUUGGCUUUUCGAGCAUUUUCUUCACCCGUAUCCCAAGGAUUCAGAGAAAAUCAUGCUGGCAAGACAGACAGGCCUGACCAGAAACCAGGUGGCAAAUUGGUUCAUCAAUGCACGGGUGCGGCUAUGGAAGCCGAUGGUUGAAGAAAUGUAUAAAGAAGAGUUUGGUGAUUCUGAUAACAUAAGCUGCAAUAUUCCAUCCGAAGGCAUUGUGAAACGUAAAAGAGAUGAUGCUGAAGCCUCUGAUAACAAAGGGGAAGAUGAUUCACAAGACAAUUUAGUAACCAUUGCUGAUAGUGUCCAACAAGAAGGGCAUUUUCAUAAACAUACAUCAUGUUCCGUGGAUGAGAACAACAAUAAUGGGGUUUAUAGUUGUGGAAGCAUAAUGGGUUGUAGCACUAGUCCUGCUGCAUAUGAUUUUGCAGAGUUGGGUAACUUUACAUCUACCAUGGGUGGCCACGUUUCUCUUGCAUUGGAAUUGAGGAACUGUGAAAGGGAUGGGUUUGGUGGCAUGUCUGAUAAUGAUGGCAUCCACAAGAAAAGACGUAAUCAUAAUCAGGGUUUGGCUUCUUCUUCUUCUUCUUCCUCCCCAGAGACUGAUCACCUGCUAGAUUAUCAUUUCACAGAUUCAGGAAAGCAACAACACAGGUUCAGCAGCAACCCUCAUCUUCUGCAUGAGUUUGUUGUCUGAAAAUCUGAAAUAUCUACCAAAAGGGAAAUUGAAAUAUCUUUUUGGAUCUCUCUGGAAUGGUGUACCACCAAAGAGAAAAGCUUAUGCAUGAUGCAUGCUACUUUGAUCAUUCUUCUUGUCCAUUAUUGUUCAUAAAAGAAGUGAUGUAAUAUUACUAAACCGUACAAAAAAUAUAUACAGGUAGGUAAUGUGUAGAUAUAUUUCUCACUUUGUAAUACUUCAGAUGAUUGGUUGUAUGUAAAAUUUUGUAAGGAAAAGGGAACACAUGUUGUUGCAUCCAUUCGUAUAUAAUGUCGAAAAAUAAGGAAUCUUGUAAGA